AUGACGGGGCCGACCCGCCAUCAGAAAAACUCCCCAGGAGGCUUGUCCCAUAAGAUCCGAAAGCGCUUCUCCCACGAGAGUCCCAGACUGAGAGGCCGGACUUCUAUUUUUGGAAUCGCAUCUAGACUUACCCACCGUCCGAUUACUUCCAACGAUGCGGGAAGUAGCCUGAUGAGCGAAAAAUGUUACGACAGCGACGCUCAAUACAUCGCCACCCCCAAACAGGUGGCAGAAUAUCCCUCAAUCAGAUCCAGGAUAUGGGGCCGAGUAUCUCCCCUUGGCCAAUCCCUAUACGAGCCGAUCAAAGAUGAGCCCUGCGAUGAAGGCCGUGAGACGACUGAACAACCUCGUCCAGCAGGAGGUAGCCGGUUCAUAGAGCACAGUGAUAUCGAACUACCGCCAUUUGAAUGGCAAGCACCCGGAUGCACUGAGAAUGAACCAACCCAGAGGCGGUUCGGAAGCCCCAGGCUCGUCUAUCCACCAGGAUACUCGCAAGAUCUCCGAUUUAGGGAUCCCAUGUCUGUGAUACAUGGAGACCACCAACCUCAGCCAUGCAACGAUGCCCCAAUGGCCACAAUCUCCGUCAACCAUACUGAGCAUGGCAGCCAACGCAACACCGCUGGUAACAGUCUGGAUCCAUCGUCUGACAACACACCGAACCUUUUACUACCAUGCGCAAUGUCGGCUGAGUCGGUGACGACUCCCUACGUCGAACUGUCUGUUCGAAAGAAACGUCAGAGAUACUCAGUGGACCAACAACAAACGCGCCAUUCAGUUCAUUUAGGAGAGAUUGAUAUUCCUAGAGCUUUGGCAUCAACCCCUACAUCACCUCGGACUCUGUCCCCAGACCAAUCCCAGGACGGAAGUGGGGAAUCGACGGUUUCUGGUGCAUCACGCCGAUAUAGCCAUCCCGUAGGCAGCUCCGAGUUCUUGUCGACGUGGAAACCAGGGGGACUAGACAUUGGGAAGCCCCGUGCAGCAUCGUCAAUUUAUUCCCGCCCAACUAGUCUCUCGUCCGGUCCAUCCAAGUAUCGGUUCGAAUCUCGAAUCUUCAGCCACCUAUAUCACAAUCCACCAGAUGGGAUCGCAGAAUGUCCCUCUAAUCUUGAGGAGAACAUGGUCCCGUGCAAGCCGCAUGAUACGCUAAACGAGAUCGGACCUUCUUCCCAAAAAUCUGCAGCUCACACCGAAAACGACGUCGCACCCUUGCAAGAAAGCAAAAGAGCUCCGUCCUGGGUAUCUGACUCCCAUUCGGACCCAUCGUCCACACGGAAAGUGAGCAUCGGAUGGAUGACUGAAGGCCGGCGCUUGGGGUACGGGUACACACUCAUAUCGGAAGACGACGAAGGCUACCAUUCACCCCGGACUGCUCGUGGAUCACCAGAACCUGGCGAUCCGGAUCACACAACAGAGCCAGAUAACAAAUGCAGCACUGAGAAUCAGGUUGAUAUUGACUGUAAAAGCACAGAAAAGGCGCCGGGAACAGGGAAAUCGGUCUUUGAUAUCUUCAAAGUCUCCCACCGUUUCAAUUCUCGCCACUUGCCCAGCAAGACCACGAUCAAGAAUGACAAAAACAGAAAGACAGGCGGAAAAUCUGUGGCAGCCCUCUUGUUCCGAUCUCCUACUGCCCGGAAAAGGGGCCAAAUCAUUGCGCCGGGCGAAAACUUUGUGGACCAGACGAAGUGUUGGAUCAAGAGGAGUCGAGAGACAGUCAGAGUCGACGACGCCAUCAUCCUCUGGGCCAUCUCCUCCCUUACUCCAAAGAAGCAAGACCCAGGUCAUGAAGCGUCGCAGCCCGCCUCGUAG